AUGUGGCGAGGCAUUGUCCCGAGGAUUCUCUUCAUUGCCGCCAGUUGCGUAUUGCUUAUCUCGCUUUACCUGUUCUUCCCUUCAGCCUCCCUCACAACCACAACAACCCAAGUACAAAGUUCCAAAAACACGCAAGAAGGUGCCAAGACUUCAGUUCACACUACUCCAACAACGACAACCACCCACCCUGACGAACCGAUCCGUGCUUGCUUUGUCAUUCUUGUUCGCAAUCGCGAGUUGGACGGCAUCGUUUCCACUAUUCGACAAGUCGAAGACCGCUUCAACAAAAAGUUCAAUUAUCCUUAUGUCUUUUUGAACGACGAUGACUUUACCGAAGAGUUCAAGCAAAGGACAUCAGAAUUGACCCAAGCAGAGACUCGCUAUGGCAAAGUGGAUGAACAAAUGUGGGGGUAUCCAAGCUACAUCAAUCAAACUUUGGCAGCUGAGAACCGUGAAGAAAUGGCUCGAUUGGGUAUCCCUUACGCUGACAGUGAGAGUUAUCGCCAUAUGUGCAGAUUCCAAAGCGGUUUCUUUUUCCGUCAUCCUUUCCUUGACGAUUUCGAUUGGUAUUGGCGUCUUGAACCUGAUGUGGAUUAUCAUUGUGAUUUGGAUUAUGAUGUAUUCAAGUAUAUGCGUGAUAAUGGCAAGAAAUAUGGCUUUACAAUUGCAUUCAAAGAAUUUGGAGCUACCGUAUCAAGUCUUUGGAAAACGGUGUUGGAUUUUGAAAAGGCACAUCCUGAGGUUGUUGAACAUUCACCAGCCAAGCAAGAUUCUCUUUGGCGCUUUGUGACCGAUGAUAAUGGCCAAUCCUACAACCUUUGCCAUUUUUGGACCAACUUUGAAAUUGCCUCGCUUGAUCUAUGGCGGAGCAACGACUAUCUAAAGUUCUUUCACUACUUGGACAGAUCAGGAGGAUUCUUUUAUGAGCGAUGGGGAGAUGCUCCGGUUCACUCUAUUGCUGCUGCUAUGCUCUUACGCAAAGAUGAAUUCCACUUUUUCAAUGAUAUCGGUUAUCGGCAUACGGCAUACACACAUUGUCCAGUGGAGCCUGAAUAUCGCAACAAGUGCUCAUGCGAUCCUGCAAGUAAUUUUGACUAUGAUCCUGGACUCAGUUGCUAUACGACGUACAAGGCAGCCAUCGAGGGCCAAUGA